UACCUUCAUCAUCAUCGAUCGUCAGGGAUCAGCUAAACGUCCUCCACAGGCAGACCUGUAUCGAAAGGAAAAGAAAAGAUCGAGAGCUUCCUUUUCUUCCACCUCUUGAUUCACUGCGUCUAUAGGGUUGGCCUUUUUUUUUUUUUUUUAUACGUUGCAGCUGACAGGGUUUCUCAUGUUUUGGCCGCAUCUGUAGUCAAAAAGUACUCUCUGGUCUGGCUACUAUUUUACUCCUCUCAUUACUCCUCGGUUUGCUGGCUGGAGAGGGUGCAACUCUCUCUGCAAGUGUAUUCCUUUUCCGUGCAUCGAUCUCCAUCACUGCUUUGUUAAUGUAAAGGUCUUAAUUAGUAGUGUUUAUCUCUCAUAAAUGUUACCCAAAUGAUGAUCAGUUGCGACAGUAGUGGUUGUGAAAAUAGAUGCUUGUACUAGCUAGGGUUUCUCACAACAGCAACAAUAACAAUAGUGAGAUAUUAAGCAAAGAUCUCUACCACCAUUUGUAAUUGCAAUUUUGAUGUUUGCAUUUGUUGGUAUUUGUUAGAGGUUUCAUAAAAAAAAGGGCUCUCUAUACCAAUUGAUGAUUGUCAACCCUUUUCAUCUACCCUUCAUAGUUCAUAUGUGUGUGUUCACUACUUCACAUGCUCUCUAUAACAAUACAGUAUGAUGUAUGUUAAAAAUACAACAUACUCUAAGAUGAUGACUCACUUAUAAUGUUUUUUUUUUCUUUUGAGAAAUUUUUUAACUAGACAUUAUAGAUGUUUCAAAAAGGAAGUCUUUUUAUUCGAUAACCGGCUUCGUUUUAAAGUAAGUUCAUUUUUCUCUCUUCUCACUCCAUGUAUCAAUUUUGUGUCAUUAUGCUUCUCAGAGCUUUGAGUUGCCUACCUAGUAGCAAAAUAGCCUCUUUUAUUGAGGGUCCAGUUGCAUUUAUCUACCAUUCUUUAUUAUUGUCAGUUUUAUAUUCUUGUUUUUUCAACUAUGUACCGAGGGUUUGUCUUGGAUAAAAAAACAUACUCAUAAUGUGAGAAUUAUGAUGAUGGAGAUACUUAACUAACCUUAGUAACUACUUUCCUUUGAUUAAAUAAGUUGGGCGAGCUUGUAAUUAUAAAUCCUCUAGAAUAUUUUUUUUUUAAUGUAAUAAAGUGAAAUAUUUCAUCUUGUUAUACUUUAUUAUGACACUAGUUAACAUAUCUUUUGUAUAAAUUUCGAAGAAGAAACGAAUUCAGAAGUUAUAUUUCAUUUAAAAAGAAUCAAAAAUUGACUCACCAGUAAUUGUUUUUUACAAAUGCAAUAAGUUCGAUUAUCCGGGAUUGCCCGUAUGCCCGUGCAGUCUGGUCGGAAGUUCUUUGGGAUGAGCCCAAUCGCACUUUCCUUCAGGAAGAUAGAAACAAGUGGGCGCUGCACUACCUGUCGGGUCGGAGCGCAAUGGUGGAUCCCUCCCUCUCCGCGGUUCUUUGUUGGAAGCUUUGGAAAAAUAGAAACUCAUGGGUGUUCGAUAAGCUACUGGCGCCGACCUGAGUGUUGGCAAAACAAGGUGUGGAAAUGCAGCAACAAUGUCAGAGCGCCUUUACCAAGACGCAUCAAGCUAUGGGGGUGGGAGAUGGAAGAAGCACGAGGCUGCUCGGUUGGGACAGGCCACCUCCAGGGUGGGUAGCUUUAAACACAGACGGGUCCGUAGUGCUGUCUUCGGCGAGUGCUAUGGCGGGAGGAAUCCUUCGGGACAGCAAUGACAGGUUCUUGAGAGCUUUGUCAGCAAACUUGGGUGAUCGGUCUAUUACGCAUGCGGAGCUUGCUAGGAUUUAUCAUAAUCUGAUCCUCGCUUGGGAAAUGGGGGCACGGAAAGUGCGGUUACAAACGGAUUCGAUGACGGCUAUUGCCAUUAUCCAGACGAAUCGGGAUAAUCACCCUCACCGCACGAUGGCAGCUUCCAUCCGGCAGCUCCUCGAGCGAGAUUGGGAGGUAACCUUGGAGCAUGUCUUUCGAGAGAGUAACUACGUUGCUGAUCACAUGGCCACUGUUGGUCACUCGUUGUCCUUUGGGGUCCAUGUUGUGGAGAACCCGGGUCCUAAUUUGCCGUACUGAUUGUUGUUUGAUUCUGUUGGCGUUCAAACGCCUCGUAUUAUUAUAGAUUAAGGGUUAGAGCGCCCCCUUGCGCUCUGGUUUUAAAAAAAAAAAUUUCACUAGGUGAUCGGUGCCUUGGGUUAAACUCUAAUGGCCAUCUAGACUAUUUAAUCGAAUGAAUAUGGACAGUUGGUUAAUAAAAAAACAAGAAUCUGAGGUUUAAUUACACGCUUGUUCCUUUGAUGUUCUAGUUGAUUUCUAUCGGCCAUAUAACAACCAUUACAAACACACAAAAUAUCACAUUUUCACUAAAUCAAUAAAUGAAUUAACCAAAAAUUGAGUCCUAUGUAACUCUUACUUAGAGUUUACACAAGUCAUUCAAGUUCAAGUUAUCGUAUGUCUGGCCGGAACAAUUGAUCAAAUUUAUCUACCAGAAUCCAAGUAACUCUUACUUGGAGUUUACACAAAUCGCUCAAGUUCAGGUUACUAUACGUCUUGUCGGAACAAUUGAUCAAAUUUAUUUAGCUACCUGAGUCCAAGUAACUCUUACUUGGAGUGUACACAAGUCAUUCAAGUUCAAGUUAAAGUAUGUCUGACCUACGCUAAUUUUACUAUACGUCUCAGGAGUUCCUCUGUUUAGAUAAUGAAUUAACCAAAAAUUG